GUUGCUGCUGCUACUGCUGCUGCAAGACGCACACGCCCGCCAGUAUAAGUGCAGGCGCACGCCCACCGCGGUCACACCUUCCGCGUCUCUCCUUCUCUCUCCUUCACUUGCAACCACCCGCAUUGCAUUCCACGUUGCUGUCUGCCACUCAGCAACCAUGGCGUCCAACGAGAAGCCAGCUCCCUUCCUCGACCCAAACACCACCAAGGGUGGCAACUCCCUCGAGCGAGGCCUCAGCCACCGCGAGGAUGUCAACAUCAACCAGAACCUCGAGGCCAAGAUCAAGAACCCCCUCGCAGGUAUCCCAUAUGCCCAGCUCAUGGCCGACGUGGAGGAGUUCGCCCGCGAGAAGGACCUCGUCGAGCACCUCCCCGCCUUGCGCCAGGGUGCUCUGGUCGCGCAGAACCCCGAAGCCUAUGGCGAGGACCUUACCGGGGAGCACGCUCUCAACGACAACCAGAAGAAGAUUCUCCGCGACGAGGUCGAGCACCGCUGGCGAAUGCCGUGGCGCUUGAUUCUCACCAUCUUCACUUGCUCCAUCGGUGCCUGUGUGCAAGGCUGGGAUCAGACUGGUUCCAACGGUGCCACCAUCUUCUUCCCCUCGGUUUACGGCAUUGCGGACGAAUCUAGCCGCAGCCAGGUCAUGCUUGUCGGUUUCGUCAACGCUGGUCCCUACAUCGGCUCUGCUCUCAUUGGCUGCUGGCUCUCCGACCCCGUCAACAACUGGAUCGGUCGCCGCGGUGUCAUCUUUGUCUCGGCUCACUUCUGCAUCUGGCCUGUCAUUGGCUCCGCGUUCUGCAACACAUGGUGGGAGCAGAUCAUCUGCCGUCUCCUCAUGGGUGUCGGCAUGGGUAUCAAGGCUUCUACUGUACCCAUCUACGCUGCUGAAAACUCCCCUGCGUCCGUUCGCGGUGCCCUCGUCAUGAGUUGGCAGAUGUGGACUGCGUUUGGUAUUUUCCUCGGAACUUGCGUCAACGUCGGUGUCUUUUACCACGAGCACAACUGGCGUCUCAUGCUUGGCGCCCCAUUCAUCCCCGCCGUUCCUCUGCUCUGCCUUAUCUACUUCUGCCCCGAGUCCCCUCGUUGGCUGAUGAAGAAGAACCGCUACAAGAAGGCUUGGGAGUCUUUGAUGCGCCUCCGCUUCGACGAAAUCCAGGUCGCUCGCGAUAUCUACUACAUUCACGCCCAGCUGUCGGUCGAGUUCGAGAUCAUUGGCAACAGCACCUAUCUCCAGCGCAUGAUGGAGCUCUUCACUAUUCCCCGGAUCCGCCGCGCCACCAUUGCCGCGUUCGUCGUCAUGUUGGCUCAGCAGCUCUGUGGUAUCAAUAUCAUUGCCUUCUACUCGACCACCGUCUUCAAGGAGUCUGGCUUUACCGAGUACCAGGCCCUGCUCUGCUCUCUUGGUUUCGGUCUCGUCAACUGGCUAUUCUGCUUCCCCGCAUUCUGGACCAUUGACACUUUCGGCCGCCGCAGCCUGCUCCUCUUCACCUUCCCCAACAUGAUGUGGACGCUGUUGGCUGCUGGUCUUUGCACCCUCAUUCCUGAGGGACAGCAGGCCCGCACCGUCUUGGUCGCGCUUUUCGUCUUCAUGUUCGCGGCGUUUUAUUCCCCCGGUGAAGGCCCCGUGCCUUUCACCUACUCCGCCGAGGUCUUCCCGCUGUCUCACCGUGAAGUCGGUAUGGGCUUUGCGGUGGCCACCUGCCUCAGUUUCGCCGCCGCCCUUGGUCUUACCUUCCCGCUCUUGCUGAGCGCUGCCAAGCCCGUUGGUGCCUUUGGUGUCUACGCCGGCUUCAACGCUGUCGCCUUUGUCCUCAUUUUCUUCUUCGUCCCAGAGACCAAGCAGAGAACCCUUGAGGAACUCGACUACAUCUUUGCCGUGCCCAACCGCAAGUUUGCUCAGUACCAGACAAGCGUGGCGCUUCCUUGGUGGUUUGCCCACUCUUUGCCGUACACCAUCAAGCGCUACGUGUUCUUCCAGAAGAACGCCAAGAAGACUCCUCUUACACCUCUGUACCACAAGGAGGAGGUCAUUGCCCAAGCUCACGCGAACGACUCUGCGACGGCCGCGGGUCACGCAUCAUCGGACAACGAGAAGAAAAUCUGAGCGGAUUAGUUACUCGGCCUGAAACUGGCUGUCAAAUUAUGGACGACUGAUGAGAUUUAGUCAAUAUGACGAAGAAGGGAAAAGGGAGGAGUAGUUGGGACUUGAGAUAUCAUGGGG